CACGCUAAAAAAAAAAAGGAAAAAGAAAAACUUGCCACGAAAGUGUUGAAAAUGGUGGUAUGUUAAAACUUCCAACGAAGAACUUACAUCAGAUUCGAAGGAUUUCAGGAUCAAUGCAGUGGAUUUAAUUUCUUGAUACUACAAUUAUUAGCUGAUUCCAAGUAAAAACUCAGUACCAAUUUUACUCGAAUUUGCAGAAACAACCAUGACCGGAAAGUUGAAGUGUGUGAUCGUGUCCGUUGACGGAAGUGAAGAGAGUAUGAACGCCUUGAAUUGGGCUCUUGACAACAUCAAGAUCAAGCCCCAUGAUCCCGAUUCUGGAGAACCACAAGGUUCCUUUGUUAUUCUCCACGUUCAAUCCCCACCGUCCAUUGCUGCUGGUCUUAAUCCUGCAGCUAUCCCUUUUGGCGGUUCCAGUGAUAUCGAGGUGCCUGCGUUUAAUGCUGCGAUUGAGGCACACCAAAAGCGGAUCACUCAGGCCAUUUUGAACCAUGCUACUGAGAUUUGUGCUAGUAAAAAUGCAAAUGUUAAGACCCAAGUACUUAUUGGGGAUCCAAAGGAGAAAAUUUGUGAUGCUGUUGAAGAAAUGCAUGCUGAUCUGCUAGUGAUGGGUUCCCGUGCUUUUGGUCCCAUUAAAAGGAUGUUUCUGGGGAGUGUAAGCAACUAUUGCUCAAACCAUGCACAAUGCCCUGUAAUUAUUGUUAAGGGUACUUCUUGAUGCGGUUCUAGGGUUUGGUAACACAUCCCGUCUUUCUUUGGAUGAUCAGCCUUGAGCUGUAGUGAUGGGUUGCUCAUGAGAUGCAUGGAAUGUGUUUCCUCAAUCAAGAAAUGCAAUCUGGAAACUGGAAUAAGCUUGACUGGCUGUCUAUAUGCUGUAAAUCACGUGUGUUUUGCAUUAAUUUUCAGAGGUGGAUCUUGGUUUGUGUAUUUCCAUAUGUGCUGUUUGCAACUAUGCAGAUUUACAUAAUUUGUGAGUGCAAGAACUACUUAAUUAUCAUCAUGAUGAAGAUGUGAAGAUUUUCAAAGAUGAUUAUCAUCGCUUGUUAAUGUCAUGAAAAUGGCUUUCCCUUUAUUGUAAUUACACUGAAAUGUAUCAACAGUUCCCUUAUUAUUUAUUCAUUGGAUUCUUGAAAGUGUG